CUUCAAGCACGCAGGCGCAGUUUGAAAUAAAUGACGUCACUGUAAUGGCGGACAUUACCUUGUGACAGUGUUAUUUUUGCGAAUGCGUUGAUUUAUUGGACAAUUUUACCCGGACUGGACAAUUUUUAAACCAGCAGUACCUCAUUUACGCAUAGAAAGACCAUCAAGAUGCUAAUUACACUAAAAACAUUGCAACAGCAAACGUUCAAAGUUGAAAUUGAGCCGACUAAAACGGUAAAGGACCUGAAAGCCAAAGUAGAAGAAGUUAGAGGCAAAGAUGGCUUCCCAGCUGCUGGACAAAAGCUUAUAUAUGCAGGAAGAAUAUUGGCAGAUGAUAAACUGAUUAGUGAUUAUAAUAUGAGUGAAGAAAACUUUGUAGUUGUCAUGGUUACAAAGCCCAAGGCUGCCCCUAAAACAGAAUCAACUGUGGAAAGCAAGCCAGCAACAGCACCUUCUCAACCGGCGGAGAAACCAAAAGAGGAGAAAAAAGAAGAAACAAAAGAAGAGAAAAUAGACGAUAAACCACCUACAGAAAGUGCCAGUGCAAGCACAGAGACGGCAGCAGGCACCACCACGACAGCAAGUACAUCACUAGCUUCUACAUUAUCAGCCGCAGAAUCAACGCUGCUCACUGGCGCUGCGUAUGAAAAUGUAGUUGCAGAACUAAUGAAUAUGGGUUAUGAAAGAGAUCCAGUAGUGAGAGCUCUCAGAGCUGCAUUUAAUAAUCCAGAUAGGGCUGUAGAUUAUCUUUUGAGUGGUAUCCCAGAAAGUGUGUUAGCUGAAGCAGAGGCCCCAGCGCCUGCAGCUGCUGAGCAACCAGAACCUGCUGCAGCAAGGACAGAGUCACCAGCUACCCCAGCAACAGGUGGAAGUACUACCACCAUCGCCGCCACUACACCUGCAACUACGCCUGCAACUACGGCCGCCUCGGGAACCUCCCCAUUGGGUGGUCAGUCUGAGGAAGACCCCUUAGCUUUUCUUCGAGAACAGCCUCAAUUCCAGCAGAUGAGACAGAUAAUUCAACAGAACCCUUCGUUAUUACCUGCUUUACUACAACAAUUAGGUCAAUCAAAUCCACAACUCUUACAGCUUAUUAAUCAACAUCAAGAGCAAUUUAUUCAAAUGUUGAAUAAUCCUGUUGGAGGUGAACAGCAAAGCGGCGGAGGGGGAGGUGGUGGUGGCAGUGGCGGUGGUGCCCCUACUAGUGGGGGUCAAGUAGGUACAGGUCCUGGUGGAACGAGUUACAUACAAGUUACACCACAAGAAAAAGAAGCAAUUGAACGGGUAAGUUUGGGUAAAGGUUGUUUAUAUUGUUGCUCCCUAUUAUAUCAGAAUGUUGUAAUGAAUGAAUUUUACGUUUUUACAGGUAAUAAAAUGGUUCUGGCCAAGAUGUAUUCCAAGUGUAAUUCUGAUAUCAGAUAUGAAUUGAUGAAGAAAUGUCACGUUGAUGAAGCUGCACAUAUACUGACGGGUGCAUUUCUUCAUGGUGAUCCUCUGACGCAAACUGUUGUCCCGUCUUAUGAAGCUGAAUUAUCAGCAAACAUCGGUUUAUGCACAGACUGUGCGGAGGAGGGUGUGUCGAUGGUUGCUAUUGAUAACGUCACUGGAGAGGUAGUUGGAGCCAUUACUGGAAAGCUUUGCCAUGGCAACAACAUUGAGAAAGGGCACACAGAUCACCCAAUGGUCACGCCAGAAUCCACUUCCUUUCUAUCAAUAAUCAUUCCUUUCCUGGAAGAAUUGGAAAUGGCUUUCUACAAAUAUCCCGAUUUCACUAACAACCGUGACUGCAUUGUAUUACAGAGUAUUAAGUUAGGGGUACAUAAAGACUAUGGAGGCAUGGGUAUUGGCACCAAAUUGGCACGCAUGCGCGGUGAAAUGGCCAGAGGAAAGGGCGUGAAGUUUAUUGUUGCAGCAUGUACUGGGUCAUUAAGUCAAAUGUUGUAUUCAAGAUUAGGUUAUGAGUGUAUUGGUGAAAUUUCAUAUAAAAACUAUACAACCAAAGAAGAUAAACCAUUCGCUAACAUCACAGUGUGCUCAGCAGCGAAACUAUUUGUAAAACAGUUUUGA